AAAAAAAAAACCCCAGUGCCUGGUUUGUGAAUUGUAGGAAGCAGAGAGACGGAAGAGAGAGAGAGAGAGAGAGAAAGAGAGAGAGAGAAGCCGGCAGAUGGAGAGCGCCUCACCUGUACUGAGCCUACUGAAGCACAGAUAACUCAGACAUUACAUACAUUUAUCGAAAUAUAUACAUUCCUGCUGCAAUUUAAAGAAAUCCCAUUUAUUAUUAAAACAUGAGUGAUUGUCAAUUAGAAGAAAAUGGAGAAAAAGAUGAGACUGUGGCAUUUCCUGUGCAACCACCGACCCUUUCCCUGCAGCAGCCAAAGAAGCGGAAACUAGUUCUACAUUUGGACUUGAAUAAUACCAUCCUGGUCUCUGACGCCGCUACCGGCCAAGGGCCCAGAGCUGCCCUGAACUCCUACCUGAGCACCGUUACCUGGGGACAGAUCAGUGAAACAGGUGAAUGGAUGUGGCUGAGCGACAGUGUUUCGGUGACAGCUCCAUGCAACAAUGCAGUCAAUUACUACACACAGUUUGGCCGGAACGCACAGUUCACCGACACCAAAAUGGGGAAGAGAUUUAAAGAGAUCUUCGACCGUCACAUGCGGAUGCUGGAGUGGCAAGGGCAAGCAAAUAACAUGUUCACACAAAAAGAAGGGGACGGGACAGUCUAUCACUGGAUCCUCCCUUCCUUCUUCCACCUGUUAGAGAAUCUGCAUCAGCAAGGGCGGGAAUUCUCUGUGCUAUUACGGACAUUCGGCGUCGACCUUCCUCUCAUACUGCCGGCACUUCACUCUGCAUUACUGGGAGAGCACCCCCAUUUCCCUCAGCUGAGGAAAGUCCCACUGAAUGUGGGUCUCACCCCAGGGAAGAUCCGUUGCAGUACCAGGGAGGUGGUGAUGAGCUGGGGUUCGGAUCGUAUCUCUACCAAGGCAGACAAGGAGAGUAUAUAUAAAUACUUCAACUCCGUGACUGGAAUAGGAGGGAUUCAGGAUCACUUUGACUGGUGGGCAAGAAAUCAUUUCUCCGGCGAUGGUGGGAAACCAUUUUGGAUUGACCCAAGUGACCGAGACACUCAGCAUAUUUUCAUAGAUGACAACAUAAGGCUAAACGAAGAGGAUACAAUUGUCAAUUGUCAGGUUUUCAUGAAUCAGCAACACAAACCCCAGCCCAGAAAGGUUACCACCUCCGAGCUGUAUGGCAUCUGUUUGGUGCAGAACGACCUUCUCCGGGCCAUUGCCGAGAAGGAUUACUUUCUUGAUUGCAUCAGAGUUUGUGAAGAGAACUAUGACCGGUAUCUGUCCAACUUCCCGCUCCAGGAGGCCCAGAAGUGAAGUUGAUUUCAAUCAAUAUAUUAGUUAUCCCCAUAGCUGGGAUGUAUAGUAAUGCUGCUGUGUCCUUUUCCAUUGCACUUACUCAGGGAGCCUAGUGAUAGUAUUUAUGGGAGACUGUAGCUACAGUGCUGCUUGCACACUUUGUCUUUUUGUAUUUAGGACUUUUUAAUUUUAAAAAUGUAUAUAUCUUACAUUGUAGGAUUGGGUGGCCUGCAGACCUUCAGAUAUGAGAAGAAAGCUGAGAGGUGUAGUUCAGCACUAUUUUAUUGGCCAGCAGGUAAUAUCUUAUAUUAAAGAUGUACAAAUGAAUGUAUAAUAUUUAAAGGGAUACCACUAUUUAAGGGGGCCCCCAUUUUUAAACAACCUUUGUUACAAUAUCUGCUUCACUGAGCUGGAACCCUGUUGCUCAGGAGAUUUGGGGGGCUAUUUAGUAGCUGGGGCACUGCUGCUGGCCCAUAGCACUUUGCUGACAGGUGCUGCACCUAAACAGUAAGUUUCCCACCCUGCAGGGAACCCUAUAAGUACCAAUUGCAUGAAGCAGAAAGUAACUGCAGGGUUUUGGACACAUUCUAUGUUGGCUUUAGGGUGCAAAAUACCAAAAGGGCAGCUGCUCUGCCUGUGGAAUGAUUCAGUGGCAACUUGCACCCAGCACCCAAUACAGAAGGCAGUAUGGCAGGUCAUACAGGGGAAGCCACACCAAAACAAGCCUAGCACACUCUCAAGCAUGCUGGGAAAUAUCCGCCACCCGGACCAGAACUAUGGAUACAGCUCCUUGAAAUCCUGACUGAGCCCCUUUACUUUGCAUUGAGUGUUUUUUUAUUUAACCUUUGAUCUGAAAGGAGCUGUAAUACAUUUGCACUAAAAUUUUCCCACUAUACCACUUUUCUUAUAAAUAAGUCCUUUACUUGGAUGGUUUCUCAUUAUCCUCCCAUAUGCCUAUGUGUUACAUUUAAAGAAUAAGUAAACUUUUUUUUUAAAA